CUCCCAUUCCAGCCACUCACCUCCUCCUCGUCACCAACCACCUCUUUCGUAUCUCAAUAAUCCUCUAUUCCCACACGGUGCGCGUCUCUUACUCUUGCGUCGAUUCAUCGCGAUAUUAUUGCUUCUGCAGUCGUCUACUUGUUCCGACACUUUUCUCGCUGCAAGCAACACCAAACCAACCACCGCUGGACGCGUCAGGCUGUCCCGAACCUCACUGUCCUCGAUCCUGAAAACCAACGCCGACAAAACCUGAUGUCUGUCUGAUCGUCUCUUGCAAAUACAAGAUCUUGAUCCUCCAUGUUCUACGAUUCGUCAUUACUAGCCAAGACCGGGCCUCUGGCUCGCGUCUGGCUCGCGUCAAAUGUCGAACGAAAGCUUUCAAAGUCGCAAAUCCUCCAAUCGGACAUCCAGAGCAGUGUAGGAGCAAUUGUAGACCGGGGGGACGAGCCUAUGGCUUUGCGACUCAGUGGACAACUUAUGCUUGGUGUGGUGCGCAUCUAUGGAAGACAAGCGAGAUAUUUGCUGGACGAUUGCAAUGAGACACUCAUCAAGAUUAGAAUGACCUUCAAAUCCACAUAUAGCCAUGAUUUGCCUGCUCAUGCGACAACCGCUGUCGACCUCAAUCUCCCGGAAUUGCUCACCAUUGACGACCUAUUUUCGACUAUGGACUUCGCCUUUCCCCUGACACAACAACCAGCUCUUCCUGGCGCACAGACGCAAGAUAUGGAGGACGAUUGGACUAGCAGUCUCAACCCACAGCUCAGCAGUACACAGUCUAUGUUGACGCCUGGAGAAGAGCCGCUAUAUAACGACGAAGAACUGAAUCUGGAAUUUGGAGACCGCGAUGAGAUGGACUUUAAUGACACGACCGUGAGCAUGAACGUUGGACGAGAUGCACCUACUCCAAAACCCGACAACGACCAAAUAUUCGGCGAAGAAGGCCUCAUCCACGACGACGACGAUCUGAACCUGGAUCUCGGUGAAGACAUUCCUAUGGCCGACGACGCUGACUUGCCUGCUCCGGACGACGUGGCCCUUCCAGAACCUGAUGAGCCAUUGGCCUUUGGGGACGACGAAACGCUGCAAUUGCGACAAGCUGCCGAAGAAGCCCGUGGUAGAGCCCCGGGAUCCCCAUUUUCGGAAGCUGGGUCGGACAUGCUGCGUGCAUUGGAUCAGACUUUCCAGAAUCUGAACACGGAAGAAGAUAUCGAAGAAGUCGUCGCCCAUCAGCGCCAGAAGAGUCGAAGACAGAAGCCUCUUGCACCCGAUGUCGAAACAGUGCUGCACAACAAGCAAAUCAAGGCUCAAGCAGAAGAUCGAUCCAAAAUCCUCCGUACUCCGUCUUUCCUACCUCGAGAUCCCGUCCUGCUUACACUCAUGGACAUGCAAAAGAACGGCGACUUCGUCCGAAAUGCAAUGAAUGAUGGCCGUUCAAGAAACUGGGCACCCGAAUUGCAAGGCUUGCUGUCCUUUGACACUAUGACGAGGUCAGGGGAACGCAAGCGCAAGCGGGAUAGUGGCAUUGGCGGUCUCAGCGAGGACGAGCACAGCGAAAAGUCACCACGACUUGAAGGUCCGGAUGACGAUAUGGAGGACGAAGGCGUGCAAAUCGAGGAACCCGAGGCCCAACUUCCUGGGAUUCCAGCUGAUGACGGUGUCCAACCACUCCUAAGCGAAGGUGGACCAGCGCUGGAGGAUAUCGUUCCCGGAGAAGACGAUGAAGGUAUUUUUGGCGGCGACGACACCUUCGAUGACACGACUAUACCACUUGUCCAUCCAGCGGACAGCGGGCCCGUAUCGCUCGGCACUAAACAUGCUGUCCAUUUGCUGCGGGAUCGACUAGGCGGACCAGACGGAUCUCAGACUUCGUCACCUGCGAAGAAGUCUGUAUUGCUGACGGAGCUGGUUCCAGAAGGCCGGACGAGUAAAGAGGACGCGACCAAGAUGUUCUUUGAGGUGCUUGUGCUCGCGACCAAGGACGCUAUCAAAGUCGAUCAGGCCUAUGACAAGGGGAUCGGUCUUCCCCUAAGGAUUCGCGCAAAGAGAGGACUGUGGGGCUCGUGGGCGGAGACGAGUCCCGGUGAUGAUCCGGCUGCCAUGGCUUCGCAGGAGAGUGAGCAGAUUGAGGCUUGAAGGUUGGAUAGCUGGUGACAUGACUUGGGUAUUUCGGGUUUUCGAUAUCGAUGAUGGGAACGGCCAAUGUAUUCAUAUUGGAUUUGAGGCAUGGGGCACGAAAUAUCAGGUCUUGGAGAGGAACGGGUUGGUACCUCUAUGAGCGAAGGCGUCUUGUUGGACUAGGCUUGGCAUGAUGGUCAUUGGAUACCCUGAUCUUUCACAGUCAUCUACUACGAAUGGCCAGAUUGCAUUUUGCAAUCAACUUGGGCGGUCGAUGUAGAGGCAGCGCGAUUCUCUUCAAAUCUCCCAGCCUCGCGCUGGGAUUCUCCGUUUUUGUCUAUGGCUUAGUCUUGUUGGGAGUCUAUGUAUCCUUGAC